UUUUACAACGUCAAAUCGUUAUUUUAUUUUUGUCAUUUUUGUGAGGUUUUUCCUCGAUUUAAUUGAAGCCAAUAUCGUAAUUGUUAGUUGAAGGAAUUUAGCGAACUUUCUUCCUCAAUUCGGGAACAGCGCAGUGAUACCCAAGCUUCUCGAAUGUUGGUUGUUUCUGAGAAGGUGCUGUGUUGAUUCCGUACCCCGUAGAUUCCACGGGUAGGUAACUAUAUCCCGAGUAGAAGAAUCGAUCGUUGUCCGGAAAAAUGUCUCGUGGCCCAGGACCGAUACCGAACCGUUGGCUAUACUGCCCUCGCAAGUCGGAGUCGUUGAUUGCGGACAAGUUUCUCGCUUUCAAAACUCCGCUCAAGGAUGAAUUCGAAUCUCAGAUGCCUGUCGGGUGUAUCUUUACACCGGAAAUGCUGUUCCAGAACAUGAAAACCUACAAGGUGAAACUGGGACUAUGGAUUGAUCUGACCAAUACAAAUCGUUUCUACAACCGUCGGGCUGUCGAAGAUAAUAACUGCCAGUACGUGAAGUUGCAAUGUCGGGGUCACGGAGAAACACCUUCGAGAGAGCAAACAAAUGCAUUCAUAGAGCUAGUGGACGAGUUCAAUCGAGAUCAUCCGGUGGAAAUUAUCGGUGUCCAUUGCACGCAUGGAUUCAACCGGACAGGUUUUCUCAUUGUGUCCUACAUGGUGGAACGAAUGGACUGUUCGGUGGAAGCUGCUUUGGCGUCGUUCGCAAGAGCCCGACCACCCGGUAUUUACAAGGAAGAUUACAUUCGGGAACUAUUUCUUCGAUACGAGGACGAAGAAGAUGCAACACCCGCACCGCCGUUGCCAGAUUGGUGCUUUGAGUACGACGAUUCCACUAAUGAUGGCCACAGCUCUAAAACAGAUUCAUAUACUCAAAAUAACCAUGAACAGGAAACUGCCGAUGAUGGUGACGACGACUCAGUUGUAGAAAAGGGAACGAAACGAGGUUUGGAAGGCGAAAGUAGUAAUUCAGAGGAAAACCAAAACCAACGCAAAAACAAGAAGAUGAGGAAGGAAUUUGUGAAGAAAAAUGCGACAUUCAUGAGCGGAGUUUCUGGCGUGACACAUUUUGUUGAACAGCCACGUCUUGGGCAACUGCAACAAUUGGCACAGACCAUGUGUGGGUGGCAACGUAACGGAUUUCCCGGAUGCCAGCCAGUUUCGAUGGAUCGAAAUAAUGUUCAACUGUUACAAACUAAACCGUACAUGGUGUCGUGGAAAGCCGAUGGUACUCGUUAUAUGAUGUUGAUAGUCAACCGAGGCGAAGUGUUCUUCCUCGAUCGUGAUAAUUCCUGUUUCGCCGUUUCGGAUAUAAGCUUUCCUCAGUAUGAAAAUCUACACAACCACAUUACCAACACAUUAUUGGAUGGGGAAAUGGUCAUUGACAUCGUAAACGGUGUGAAAAAACCAAGGUACUUGGUUUACGAUAUCGUACGUUAUGAAAACGAAGAUGUUUCAAAAAACCCAUUUCCGGAUCGUUUAGCGUACAUUGAAAAGCGUAUUAUCGGUCCACGUACCGAAGCAAUGAAGCGUGGUCUCAUUGAUCAAGCUAAACAGCCGUUCAGCAUACGAAAUAAGGCAUUUUGGGGUGUAUCCCAAGCUAAGGCACUAUUGGCACCAAAGUUUGCCAAAACUCUCGCCCAUGAACCGGAUGGAUUAAUUUUCCAACCAGCACGGGAACCCUACGUUGCAGGGCAAUGUCCAGAAGUACUUAAAUGGAAACCGUCCUCUAUGAAUUCGGUAGAUUUUCGUUUGAAAAUUGAGAUCGAAAGUGGCGUAGGUAUUCUUAGGGAAAAAGUCGGCUAUCUUUUUGUGGGAGGUUUAGAUCCACCAACCGGAAAAAUCAAACUGACGAAAGAACUGAAAGAGCUCGACAACAAAAUUAUCGAAUGUAAAUAUGAAAAUAACGCAUGGGUAUUUAUGCGCCAACGCACGGAUAAGUCAUUUCCGAAUAGUUAUGAAACUUUUAAGAAUGUAUGCUAUAGCAUUCAGUAUCCGGUGACAACGGAAUUUCUAUUAAAUUUUAUAGAAACAAAACGAUACAGGACCGUCAAUCCUCAAAUGCCACCCCCACAAAUGCCACCGCCUAGUUUCCACGAGUAGCUGCAGCGUUAAUUGUCAGACAUUUUUUCAUUACAAAGACAGCACAUUUUACUGCUUUUAGCCAAGUUGUAUACUGUCAUAAAUUUAAAUUUAAAAAAAUUUAUCAUAGAAAUUUA